UAAAUGUAGUCCAUGUCAACCAUUUACACAAGACUAAAAUUGUGUUUGGAUGUUAAUAAAUCAAUAUGUGAUAGAUACAAGAUUUCCCCUUACAGGGUCCAUUCUGCUGCAUAACGAUUAGUAUUUUUACUUGUGGUACUUAUUGUGGAUUUUGCUGACAUUUGCAUACUUUUACUACAAUGAGAUGUAUAGUGCAGGACUCAUGUAAUCUAUUCUUUUUAAAGAAUGUAUUUUAAAAAUAUUUAAAAUCCAAUUAACUUUUAACUUUUAUUCUGAACAGAAUAUGAUUUAGUUUGAUGACUGUCAAAAAAGUGAAAUAAAAUAAAUGACCUUGUUUGGUUUACAAAAUAUCGCGAUACUAGUCGACGUGACAGACCCGACUAAACUCUCGCGAGAAGAGCGCCGACGUCACUCGUGUGUCACAGUUCACGUCCAGUCAGUUUGACCAUAGAUUCUCAAAAUGGACACAGAUUAUGCAGCACAAACCUCACAAUAGAAAGAUCCUUCACUCCGGUACCGAGCAUGUUCCCCAGCCUCGCCCACAGACCGUGGCACGUCUUCUGCAGGGUCUCCCUGCAGCACCGGGCGCCUCUCUCUCAGCUGUCCCCGAGGUUCAACCAGCUGUGCUACGGUUGGCAGAGUGGAGGCAUACACAACCUGUGGUUCAGCCUUCCAGACUGCCGGGUUGCUUCUCUAGGGCUGGGAAAGGUGCAGUACUACUCUACCUCUGGCAGCAGUGACGAUGGACCCCCAAAAUCAGCAUCCGGUGGUGCUCCAUCAGCAGAAAACGUCCUGUCUGCUGCUGUAAAAGCCACCCCAGCUUCAAUAGGUCCAACUUCUCAGGGGCUGACGAAGACUGAGACAAUUCAAGUGAAAGUUCGGGCCGUGCUGAAGAAAAGGGAAUAUGGAGCCAAGUACACUAAGAACAACUUCAUCACGGCAGUCAGAGCCAUGAAUGAGUUCUGCCUCAAACCAAGUGAUCUGGAACAGCUUCGAAAGAUCAGGAGACGCAGCCCUCACGACGACACAGAGGCGUUCACCGUCUUCCUGCGGUCAGACGUGGAAGCCAAAGCACUGGAGGUAUGGGGAAGCCAAGAGGCUCUAGCCCGAGAGAGAAAUCUCAGGAAAGAAGUGGAGCGAGAGUACAUAGAGAAUGUUUUUCGAAAUCAACAGUUGUUGAAGGAAUACAAAGACUUUUGGGGAAACACGAAGCCUCGAUCAGUCCAGAGGGCGACUUUCUCACAAGGGCCGGGGAAGGUGGUCAUGGUCGCUAUUUGCAUCAAUGGGCUGAAUUUCUUCUUCAAGCUCCUGGCUUGGGUCUACACUGGAUCAGCUAGCAUGUUCUCAGAGGCCAUCCACUCUCUGGCCGACACCUGCAACCAGGCUCUGCUCGCUCUGGGAAUCAGCCAGUCUGUCCGCAACCCGGAUGCCGGCCACCCGUACGGCUUCACCAACAUGCGCUACAUCGCCUCCCUCAUCAGUGGAGUGGGUAUCUUUAUGAUGGGAGCAGGCCUCUCCUGGUACCAUGGCAUUAUGGGAUUGCUGCACCCAGCGCCCAUUGAGUCUUUGCUUUGGGCCUACUGUAUUCUGGCGGGCUCUCUGGUGUCUGAAGGAGCAACGUUACUAGUAGCUGUCAAUGAGAUAAAGAGGAGCGCCCAGCUACAUGGAGUGUCUUUUUAUGAAUAUGUAAUGCAGAGUCGAGACCCCAGUACUAAUGUCGUGCUGCUGGAGGAUACUGCUGCUGUGUUAGGAGUCAUCAUGGCUGCCAGCUGCAUGGGGCUCACCUCACUCACAGGUAACCCUCACUUCGACAGCCUGGGCUCUCUCGGCGUGGGCACGUUGCUGGGCAGCGUCUCGGCCUUCCUCAUCUACACCAACACAGAGGCUCUGCUGGGUCGCUCCAUACAGCCCGAGCGCGUGCAGAAGCUUACCGAGUUCCUGGAGAACGACCCCGCAGUGAGAGCCAUCCACGAUGUGAAGGCCACCGAUCUGGGAUUGAGCAAAGUGCGCUUCAAGGCUGAGGUUGACUUUGAUGGCCGAGUGGUGACACGGUCUUAUCUGGAAAAACAAGACAUUGACCAAAUCCUCAAUGAGAUUCAGCUGGUGAAGACCCCCGAGGAGCUGGAGAGCUUCAUGCUGAAACAUGGGGAGAACAUCAUCGACACUCUGGGGGCCGAGGUGGACCGCUUGGAGAAAGAACUCAAGCAACGUAACCCGGAGGUUCGUCAUGUAGACUUGGAGAUACUAUAAUGACGAGCUGAGGGAACAUCCUGCUAUGAAAAGAAGAGUGAAAGACGGAAGGAGGGCCAAGCCUGCCUCCGCUAUCUGCCUCCCACCCUGACCACCACAAAACAAACCUCCGUCUCUGCACAACUCAUCAAGUCUUACAGUAGAAUAGUCCACAACCGUAGUGGAGGACAGUGUUUGGGCGAUGAUCAAUGAUCUUUAGCUGAGAAUUUUCGACCUGCCAAAGAUCCACUUUCACAUUCAAGUGUGAGUGUUUCUGGCUGAAGACUUAAGAACUGUCAUUAGUCGCCUGAAAUUGUAAGAUAAAUUCAAACCUCUGGUCACAAACGUACGUGACCGUUUAGUCUCGGGGUCGUUUUGAACUCGCAUUCCUGCAUCAAUAUGUUUGAGUUCGGUUGAAAACGAGACUGCUUCAGAAACACAAUCUCCAAACAGGACCAGUAUCAUUUACUAGAUGUGUACUUUACUUUAAUGUGAUGCUUGAACCACAGUGACGGUGUUUCCUCCGUUAGUACGAAGGAGACCUGAGAGCUACAUAUUCAAACCAGGUUUAACUGCGAGACAAGGUGGAUGUUUUUUUUCUUUUAAAGUUAUAACGGAGGAACUGAAGAUGGCGCGAUGCUGCUGCUGUCUGUGAUGAAUCGAUUUUAUUUCUAUUACAGGGUUAAAAAAACCGAAUUAAACGGUGUUAAGACUUUUCAUUUGAUUGUAUGCUGGAGUUGGAAAAGUGAACGAAUGCAGAAGCGGUAAUGAGCAUCAGCUUAUGCAAAAACUAGAUAUUAGGAAACAGGGUGUUGUCCUUCAAAGUCGAUACGUAGACAAGUUGAAAGUCUAACUAACAAAUGUAUUCAUUUACCAUUUAUUGGACAUGUUGCUCUUUAUACAAAGUGGCACCCCUCUCUUUCAUGUCACAGCUCUCUCUCUGCCAGCUUCACACUUCAAACUCUGAUGGUCUCCAAAUUUGUCUUGUGAGGUCUGGCAGCUGAUCAGCAGGUGACUGAUUGUACUGAUCCAAAGAUGACGAUGCAAGCGCCUGGGUGUAAAUAUGUGGUCCAUGGUGAUGUUUGGACCAGCCAGCCCCCCCCCCUCCCGUCUCAACCAGGUUUUUAAUCAGUCAGGAUGUCGGCCUUACAGUAUGUGUAUCAAGUGAAUUAUCUCCUACUCUGUUUCUGCUGAAUAAUCAUUGUCAAACUGCGCUUUUUGGUUUUCAUUCUGCAUUUACUUUAGUCAGCCUCAGCUGGAGCACACCUGCCUGUUAAACAUGUUACUCUGCUUCAGAAGGUGGGUGAGGGGGGUGGGGGGGCGGAGGAGACAUUUGGGAGGUUGGAUAUAUAUUUUUGAAGGUGUUAAUAGUGUAAUAAUAUUCCCCCCCCUUGGUUGUAACAAUGUCGCCGCUGCUGAAGGAGUUGGAAUAAAUUUGAAAUAAUUUAUUAAAUAAUUUUGCUUUCGUUUUCUGUCUUGUGUGUCGGAUUUCUUGUCGGAACUGCUUCAUUACGGAGCACAACACUUCUCAACAUGUCUUGUAUGUGGAUUGUUACCCCAAAACAAUGACUCUUGGAUGCAUUAAAGAAGACCUGAACGCAUCUGGAACACUAAAGAGGAACAUUGUUCCUUUCUUCUUUGAUUGAAGGCUUAUUUCCUGUUUAAAGCUCAGAUGGUUGACUGGGAUGUAAACCCAAGUCCAUUAGAUGGUGCAGUUGUGUGGAUGAGAGAGAAGGGAGGAGGGAGGAGGGGGGGGGGACUAGCCUGCACGCUGACGUCAAUAAAAACAUCAUUUCCAACCAGUCUGCGCAUUGACCGACCGUUCAAAACAUUACGCACAGCAUCGCGGCUGGACCCACGCUAGACUACUCGACUGAAAUAAUAUCUCGCCGAGCCCGGAGAGCGGAGACAAUGCGGACAAACGCCAUUGCAGGUUUUUAGACCGUUGAAUGUUGUCUUCACAUUUUUGGGUGUUGCGCGCAUAUCGGUGUCAUGUCUCAUCAUACCAUUCCCAAGAUCACUUGUGCCAGAGCCGCUGCCCAUCGUGUUUCCUUUCAUGUCUCCCCUCCGCAGAGAAAGAAACGGUCGCUUGUGCACGUUGACUUAAAAAAAAAAAAGAAAGAAGAAGCAGAUCUUGAGGCUGAUUAGGCUCAUUAUAUAAAAACAUGCUUCGAGACGCGUCACGUCUGGAGAUCACCACACAUCUUCAAUCCUUCCGCACAUCACAUCAGUUUUAGUAUUGUUCAUUGGUUUGUUUUGUGAGCAGAUGGAAAGCAGAUGUGGUUGUUUUUGUGAUAAUAUUCGAUGCAUCCUCUCUCAUAUUUCUCGUCUCCGGCAGCCCACAGAAGGGGGCGCAGUAAACCAGCACAGUUGGGGUCUCAGAUUUUCAUGCAACCUCCCCCUUCAUCACCACAAGCCUGCGGUUACAAAAACCCAAACCACAUUACUACUCGGUGCGGAAUUGAAUUAAAGAAAUGAGAUUUUGUGCAGGGAUGUAAUCAUCUCCCAUUAGCAAUGCAGAAAACCCUCAACCUUUUUUUUUUUUUUUUAGCUUUACGCACCGUUUGUUUCCUAUUUUCUUUCUCCUAAAUAAUCGAUUUUGUUGCUGUUUCAAUCACAGGUGCAGGAGCAUCUAGAACGAGCCAGGUAGUGUUUGAUGGCAGCAAAGGUCUUCAUGGCGGAUGAUCACCAUCACACUGCUCUACGCUUUUAGCCUCUUUACAGUGCUGCCUUGUCUAAUCAUGUUCAAGCAGCAUUGUACAGGGCUAUGACAGCAUAGAGAUCUGAGCUGCUCGGGCGCUGCGUUUCUCUGACCCUUUGGAUGGCAGCCAACAAAUGACAUCAUGUGUGGAAAACACUGAACGGCGAGGAUUGCGUGUGAGGAUCGUUGGUGACUUGAGUGAUUUGUCUUGAUUUUCAUGCUGAUGUCGUCAAAAACAUGAAAUGCAUUGCUCUUUUUUUUUGUGAGGCUGAAGAAAACUGGAGCACAUGGAGGUCUCUUUGGGUUGAAUUAUUCAAUGCAAACCUCAAUCCCUGUGCAGCCAAUACAUUAUUGAACCAAUUAGUCACAUCGCAUGCUGCUUCUGGAUGAACCCAUCUGUACUCUGAGCUAAGCGUCUCCAUUUUCCUAUUAAAAUCUUUGAAAACCUACUGCUGUUCUGAAGCUAUUUCCAGAAUCGUUUGAGAACCAUCUUGAUGAAGAAAAAGUUUAAAUGUGCUGCAGGAUAACACGGAUUGUUUUUAAAAGGAGAGGCAGAAACUGGGGUUUCUUCUGAAAAGGUUAUUGUUUGGGAGUGUAGUGAUCUACUGCAACCGACGAUGAUUUUCAUUAUCGAUUAAUCGCUUGGUCUAUAAAAUCUCAGAAAAAAAACAAUCGUCAAAUUCCUCACAAUUACAAAUUGCCCCAAAUGUGACAUCUUCAAAUGUCUUUUUUUUUUUUUGUCCAGCCAUCAUUUGGAGAUAUUCAGUUUACAUCACAAACAAGAGACAAAGAAAAUCAGCAAAUCCUCACAGUUGAGAAGCGGAAACUGUGAGGAUUUCUGCUGGAAAAAUGACUUCAACGAUUAAUCGAUUAUCAAAAUUCGUUGCCUUUUUCUUUUUUCAAUCAACUUAUCAUUUAAGAUCUAUGUAGCGGAAAUAUAUUAUGUGCUAUUAAAAGGUUUGAAUGUG